AUGCUGUGUGUGUGGGGCAAUGACUUUGAUGUCGCGAAGGGUGGUCUUGACAAACGAUUAGACAAAUCGCGAGACCUCAGGGUGUUGACACUGUCAACGCUCAUAUAUUUGACAAAAAGCAUUCUUCAAUGCUGUGGAUAUAAGAAAAUAUUCCAAAAUCCUGAAUUAUCAGUGGAAAAUGUCGAGGCGAAAUUACUCCAAGCGGAGGAUGCUUUGAAAAUAAGCGAAAAGUCCCAUCAGCACAAGACCACAGAGAAUGAGGAUAGUUCCGAUGAUAGUAAUGAUGAAAGCGAUGAUCAGUUCGACGGAGCCGAAGUUGAAGACUUUGAAGAACUGCUUGCAGAUAUCAAAACCUACACCAGAGGGUUAUUGGAUUUAACACCAUCAUUUGAAUCGCCAGCGGAGGACUCUUCGCUGCGUGACUCAAAGACCUCAACAAAUCCGAUGAAUCCAAACGCCAUGGACGCCGGGCAACCGUCAACGACCGCAUCACUGCAACCAUGUUCCAUCUCACCACCAGAGCCAUGUGAAUUAGUUGAAAGCAAAGGCAAAGAUGUGCGAAGGCCAUCCAUUUCCUCAAUAAAUGAGUUCCCAGACGAUUAUCCUCCUCCUGAAACUACCUCUGCCUCAUCACCAAUAUUCUUACCCACUGUGUCGCCGUCACUUCUCGUCGGACAAGCAAUUCCUGAUGAACGCGAAAUCGAAUCUGUCGAGGUUUCUUUUAAUAAGAAAGAGGCCCAUACUCAUCGUUGCCAGAGCUGCAACCAAACCAGAUCUUUACAAUGGUUCUGGAGUUCACACAGUACUGAAAAGCUUUGCAUCUUCUGUGGUAUGCAUAUCGCCAAGCUGAGGCGCGCUGAAAGAUUGCUGAGUCUUAAGAAGGCUUCGUCUUCGGGCCAGGAUAAACACCAAGACCACCAGGAAUUGAGCAUUUCUGUGGGUGGGCACGACACUGGAACCAGUUUUUUUUUUAAUUACUCAAAACCCAAGACGGGCAUUGAAUGGGAGUAUGGCCCCCCGAGAGUGGAGAAUGGCGUUGGUUUGGACAUAUUUGACGAUAUAUCGGCGGUAAUGGAUUUCUCUUCGAUGUCGUACAUGUUCGCACCGAAAUUUGAGAACUUUAAGGCACAGAUCAUGGAGUUGAACCCGCAACUUGAACCAGCCCUGAUCGACCGCUUUGCAAAUGCGCAAGCUGACCGAUAUAAGAACCUCGUGAAGCUACGACAGCAACACACAAUUGCCAUGGUCGAUCGCACAUGCAAGGCUGGAAAGCACUGUUUCGCACUGGGGGGCUCAGCCACCUUGUGGCAGUCGCGCAAUGCCGACUCCGAAAUUGAACAGACAAAGCUUCGAAUCCCUGAUUCCAGUAAGGGCCUUGACCAGCCAGACGAUAUAGUCUCGGUAGCUCAGUUUCCUCCCGGUGUUCCUAUGCCACCUGUCAGACAUUUGCCCGCCAAAUUCGAGUGCCCUAUCUGUUUCGAAGUGAAGAAAAUUGAAAAACCAUCCGACUGGUCUAAGCACGUCCACAAAGAUCUACAGGCAUUUAUCUGCAGCUUCCCCGAGUGUGCUGACACCAAAUGCUUUAAACGAGAGGCCGACUGGGCCCUACACGAAAAUGAGCGCCAUCGACAACUUGAGUGGUGGACCUGCUCAUUUGCGAAUUGUGAUCUCAUUGGCUUGCCUUUCUCCAGCAGGGCCAUAUUUGUUCAGCAUUUGGUGAGGGCGCAUAAGAUGCCUAGACCUGAAAUUAAUAAGACAGAAGGCUGUUCAUCCGAUGGCAUGCAUGAGCGGGAAUUAGACCCUCUUGAGAAGAUGGUCGAUGACUGCCACCACGAAACUGAACACGCCGUGAGUCAGGAGCCCUGCCGCUUCUGCGGCAGUGUUUUUAGUUCCUGGGAGGAGCUAAAAACGCACCUGGCAGAGCACAUGGGACAUACGGCUGGUCUGGUGCUGGAUCUCGUUAGACAGCGCUUUGACCCUCCAUCUCAUUUUAACCCAGAUCCCACACCAGGGGACUGCACCUGA